CGUUGUGACGUUGUGGGCGGGGCCGGGCGGGCUCUCCCUCGGGUGCUUAGCCCCGCCCCCGUCCCGCUCCCUGCCCUUUUGCUGCCGCGCCGCUGCUGGCUCCUGUCCCUGGACCCCUACCAUGGAGAAGACCGUUGAAGAUCCCCCCACAUCAGCUGUCUUGCUGGAUCACUGUCAUUUCUCUCAGGUCAUCUUUAACAGUGUGGAGAAGUUCUACAUCCCUGGAGGGGAUGUCACAUGUCAUUACACCUUCACCCAGCAUUUCAUCCCUCGUCGAAAGGAUUGGAUUGGCAUCUUUAGAGUGGGAUGGAAGACAACCCGUGAGUAUUACACCUUCAUGUGGGUUAAUUUGCCCAUUGACCUAAACAACGAAUCAGCCAAACAGCAGGAAGUCCAAUUCAAAGCUUACUACCUGCCCAAGGAUGAUGAGUAUUACCAGUUCUGCUAUGUGGAUCAGGAUGGUGUGGUCCGGGGAGCAAGUAUUCCUUUCCAAUUCCGUCCAGAAAAUGAGGAAGACAUCCUGGUUGUUACCACUCAGGGAGAGGUGGAAGAGAUUGAACAGCACAACAAGGAGCUUUGCAAAGAAAACCAGGAGCUGAAGGACAGCUGUGUUAGUCUCCAGAAACAGAAUUCAGACAUGCAAGCUGAGCUCCAAAAGAAGCAGGAGGAGCUAGAAACCCUACGGUGCAUCAAUAAGAAGUUGGAACUGAAAGUGAAAGAGCAGGAGGACUAUUGGGAGACAGAGCUGCUUCAACUGAAAGAACAAAACCAGAAGAUGACCUCAGAAAACAAGAAGAUGGGAAUCAGAGUGGAUCAGCUUCAGGCCCAGCUGUCAACUCAAGAGAAAGAAAUGGAGAAGCUUGUUCAGGGAGAUCAAGAUAAGACAGAGCAGUUAGAGCAUCUGAAAAAAGAAAAUGACCACCUCUUUCUCAGUUUAACUGAACAGAGGAAGGACCAGAAGAAGCUCGAGCAGACAGUGGAGGCGAUGAAGCAGAAUGAAACUACUGCAAUGAAGAAGCAACAGGAAUUAAUGGAUGAAAACUUUGAUCUGUCAAGAAGACUGAGUGAGAACAAAAUGAUAUGUAAUGUUCUGCAGAGAGAGAAAGAGAGAUUAGAAGGAGAAAAUGAUCUAAUAUUUGUUGCCUUGGGGGAUAGGGGAAUAGCAUCCUACAUAACUUUUAUUCUAGUGGGGAAAUACUUCCCUUCAGCACAACUUUUUCAUUUUUCUCUGCUGCCGAACCAGGAGCAGAAGUGGUGGUCCGUACCAGUGCUGGACACAUGGUAUCCAAGAAAGUUCUUCCCCAAGCUCACUCUCCAUCAAGAAAUGCCCCAUCUGCAAAGCAGAUGAUAUUUGUGAUCACACCUUGGAGCAACAGCAGAUGCACGCCCUUUGUCUGAAUUGUCCAAUUUGUGGCAAGACCUUCCCGGCAAGAGAGAAGCAGAUCUUUGAAGACCACGUGUUCUGCCACUCUCUAUGAGCAUCCCAGCCUCUUGGAUAUAUACAGAGAUUUUAUAGAGUAGAACCUAUAGCUUCUACCAUGAGUUAUAUGAGUCAAGGUCCUGCCUAACCUGAAAUUACUAGAGAUUUACUCAGCCCUGCUGCCACUAACAGUGGAGUCAUGUCACUUAUCUGAAGGACACUGUUAAGAGCUUCUAGUGCCAUCCUGUGGGUUACUACCUUUAAGUCACAUAACUUUAGCUGUAUCAUCCUCUCACCUAUCAUUCUUCCAGGGGUCUUCAGUACAAGGUUCCUGAGAUGGAGCCAACCUAGGUAUUCACAACAGGCCUGACUUGACACUAAAUCAUUAGUUUUCCAAGUUGUCCCACUGCCAUUCAGGGCAGGCAUUGAGUGUAUUUGUUCUCAGUCCUAACCCUGGAGCCAGCGAUUGGUCCGAGGUUGAGAAUUCCUUUCUCCUCCUCCUCCUCAGUGUUGCUUUCUCCAACUGAUUGCUUUAGACUAGCCAAAAAUGGCACAGCAAAGAGCUCAGAAGUCCAAUUUGGAUACCAAAGCUUUCUCAUGUAAAUUUCUCAGCCCCAAAAGAAGCAUCUUAUUCCUGAACCUUAGACAGGAAUUGUUUCAGUCACAGAAAGCUUUUCUGGGUACCUCUGGUUAACAUUUUCUACUCUCUGAUCUUUCCUAUGUACAUAACUUUUAUUGUUAUAAAUUUUUUCUUAAUGGUUAAAUAGGGAUUGUGAGAAACUAUGGGUUUGCAGUUUUCUGAGCAGGUGAGUUUUGAAUAUGGAUAAGUCAGAAUAAUGAGACAACUAUUGUUAAUCACUUUAAUACUAAAAAUAAAUUACUCUUCUGUUUCAGGGACUUAGGUAACUUAAACCUUCAGUUUAUGGCCUUUUAUUUUGAA